CUCUCGGCCAAUAGGCGGCGCGGUUUACGAAGGCCUGGGACUGAGCGGCAAGCUUUCAGCCGGAGAGGAGUGGGUGGUGGAGGGGCCGAGAGGCACCUUCCCAGACUGGUCCGGAUGCUGCGUGCCCUGACCAGCGCCCUGCGCCUUCCGAGCCCCUGGAGGCCCCGUGAGGCCCGUGGCUGCGCCGCCAAUCCCGCGGCCGCAAACCGCGAGAUCCAAGUGUGCGCUCUGGCGGGUCCAGACCAAGGAAUCACUGAGAUUCUGAUGAACAGACCAAGCGCCUGCAAUGCCCUGGGGAACGUCUUCGUUAGUGAGCUGCUGGAAGCUCUGGCCCAGCUGCGGGAGGACCGGCAAGUGCGUGUCCUGAUCUUCAGAAGUGGAGUGAAGGGUGUAUUCUGUGCAGGUCUCAGCUGUCCAGAUCACGGUGACCAGCUCGGGGUCUGCCAUGGCAGGAUAAGUGCAGACCUGAAGGAGCGGGAGCAGAUGAGUGAGGCGGAGGUGGGGGUCUUCGUCCAGCGGCUCCGAGGCCUGAUGAAUGAGAUUGCAGCCUUCCCUGCGCCCACCAUUGCAGCUAUGGAUGGGUUUGCCUUAGGUGGAGGCCUGGAACUGGCCCUGGCCUGUGACCUCCGAGUGGCAGCAGCUUCCUCAGCUGUCAUGGGGUUGAUUGAGACCACCCGAGGACUCCUCCCAGGAGCAGGAGGGACUCAGAGGCUGCCUCGAUGCCUGGGGGUGGCCCUGGCGAAGGAGCUCAUCUUCACAGGCCGACGACUGAGCGGGGCACAGGCCCAGGCUCUGGGGCUGGUGAACCAUGCCGUGGCCCAGAAUGAGGAGGGCAACGCCGCCUACCACCGGGCACGAGCACUGGCCCAGGAGAUCCUGCCCCAGGCCCCCAUUGCUGUGCAGCUGGGCAAAGUAGCCAUUGACCGAGGAACAGAGGUGGACAUUGCAUCAGGGAUGGCCAUUGAAGGGAUAUGCUAUGCCCAGAACAUCCCGACCCGGGAUCGGCUGGAAGGCAUGGCUGCCUUCAGGGAGAAGCGGCCCCCUAGAUUUGUUGGCGAGUGACUUCCUUUGAACCUUAAGCAUGGGAGAUGCACACCUUACAGGGCAGGAUCCAGAAGGAAAAUGUGCAGCGUGCCCGCCCUCAUCAUUUCACCUCUCUAGGGUUCAGUUUCCUCACAAGGACAAUGAUUGAUAUAAAAUGACUGGCACGGUGCCUGGCACUAAGGUGCUGACUAUGGCACCUACUGCUACCUUCGUCAUUCCUCACCCAGGCUAGACAAUCACUGGCGUCGGGUUGGCUUUGGAGAAUACCUGUCUCUCCCUAGUAGAACGAUCAACUAAGGACAAAACAGACCCCUCUGGGCCUUUAUAUCACUGGCACUCAAGCCUGACCUCUGCAUCUCAGUUAUUAGGUGCUCACCAGAGAUGACAGGAGGUUGUAAGAACCACCCCCCAACUGCCCUGUUUCUUCCUCUGUACAACAGAGAUAAUAAGGAAACCCUGGUAGUGGUUGAAUAGGCCCAGGUCUCUGCCGGUUACUCACUGUGUGCCUCAGCCUCCUCAUCUAUAAUGAAACUGUUGGGAGGACUAAAAAAAUAAUAAAACACCUGAUGUUCAAUAAA